AUGGCGGUCGAUGCGAUCGCCGCGCGCGCGGUGGCCAACGUCGCGCGCGCGCGUGGUGGAUGGACGCGACGCGCGAGUGGACGUCGAGGGACGCGCGCGGGGGCGUCGACGGAGACGCAGGAGCUGUGCAAGGCGGAGAUCCCCCCGCACCUGCCGCGAAUCGAUUUCGUGAAACAAAUGUACCGAUGGGCCGCGAGUGAGUUCGAACAGGGGGGGGUGAAGUCGUACGGGAAGCGCAUGGUUGUCGAUUGCAUCAACGAGGGCGAAAACGGCGAUACGAAUGGAAUCUUGGUUCGAGUGUUUGAUUUCCGGGAUGGGAAGGAGGUUGAGAUCGCGCAGUUGAUCGCGCAGAUGGAUGAUGAGAAGGUGCAGGUGUGGGACACGAUCGUGCCGACCAAGGAGGGGGGGAUCGAAAAGAUGAACAAGGAUGGGAAGGAUAAGUUCAUCGACGGACGCUUUUUUAUCAUCAGUCGACCGUUGCCGGCGGACGAGAGCGCGAACUCGGCGCUCAAGGCUAUGAUUAAGCGAUUGAUGCUCGCGAUCAACGCGUAUUACUCGUUCGGAUCGCCGUUCGCGGAGGAAUUCUAA